AUGGAUUCUGAAAAAAUCUAUUCUUCUGGCUUUUCAAACAAUAGAGACGGCUUUCAUCUCCCUUCGCACAAUCAUGGGGCUGCCUCUUUACAACAAAAUUAUCUAGACGCGAUACGAGGGGAGUUUGUCCCGAAGAACUUUAACGAGCUCAGAAUGACUUGUUCCAUAAUCCAUGGGUUGCGCUAUAAUGAAUCAUUCGCCGAGUCUGAGUCAAUGAAGGAAAUCUGUGCUAAGAGCAGCAAUAAAAUCUUCGCCCGCGCUAGGAAUGCACGCCUGAUCAUGAGCAAUAAGAUACCGCUCAUGACUGAUGUUGAAGAGAAGCCAUAUUGUAUUUGGCAUCCACAUUUAGCGACUGUUGACACAUAUCGUGAUUUAGCUCAGAGAUAUCCCGAUAUGAAGUAUCAUGUUGGUCGAGCAUGUGCUGUUGGCGGCUAUAUCGACUUGUAUCGCGAGCUAGAUUUGCUUCCAGACAUCUCCAUUGCGGAAGAGGCAUGGCAUAAUUCAGAUUUUGCUGGUUCGAAAGAAAUAUUUGACUUCAUUGUGUGCCAGCCGACGCGCUACGCCAUCUUGGACGAUUAUACGCGCUCCCUGAAUCUACAGGCUCCAAGGAUAGCAAUGGGCCUGAAUGGUGAUACAGCACUGCUAUCAUCAUUGAAUGUGACAUUUGAUGUUUGGAAAGAAUGGGAGGAGGCGAGAUCGCAUUACUUCAAUAUUACGGAAGAUUACGGUGUUGGCGAGACAUCUUCAGCUCAGGCCCAUGGUCAUCCUCUGGCCCCUGAGCACGUAUCUUUGCUGUACGAUCCUCUUCCAAUUCACCUCCCAACCACGAACAAAGAUACAUUAAUACUUCAUGCUGCUUACGAGGGCAAUAUUGAUCGAUACGCGCGCCUCCGACGUCCUGUCAUGGUGAAGGGAGAGGCUGAGGCCAUAGUCCGUGGCAUCUAUCAUCAUACGUCCUUUGCGCGGUGGUGUCAUGGUCAGUUAGAGUCUGGAUUCGCUGAUAAAGGCGAUUACUGGGAUAUAAAAAGAGCCACUUUAGCCCGCUUCAUCAUGGUCAAUGACUUGUCCCGUAUUACCUCCACUACAGAAACACCGGACAUGGACCAGUCGAUGCCAUUCAUGAUCUGGUGGCCGUUAAUUCCCCAGGAAGCAACACUGCGUGAGUUAGCACGCCGACGUCCCGAUAUGGGUCUGCAGGUUGCCAUGGCGUGUAUAGUUGCAGAUUAUCAUGAGUUGUGGAGUGAGCUUACACCAGAGCCGCACGCACUGCUGUGGUACCAGGCGGCACAGCAAGAAGAAAAUGGCGCUAACCUAAAUAAGAACUUUUAUGUUGAAGAUCUAGAGCGUCGAGCCGCCGAGAAGUGUAUAGACUUGCGAGCGCCCGCUUGGGACUGUUCCUAUUUGUACGAUUGUCUGACACGCGACAAGGAGCCAACAACCAUCUUCCUACAGCCGCAUAUCCAGGUUCGGGGAAAUGUUCCGGUAGAUUAUAACACCGGCAGUAUCUACCCUGGCAGGGCACAGGCAAAUAUGGCGGAAUGGGAUUUAUGCAUUGCAGUGAGCGAUGAUCUUAGAGAACAGGCGAGAACGGAGAAUGUCGAUGAUAAUCUAAAUGAAAAUUGGGGUUGGCCUUAUUCAUGCUGGGAGGCACAGGCUUCUUAUAACGGGGCAUAG